CGCCAGGCCCCGAGGGCCACCCCUCUGGUGGUGCGCGCGGGAGCCCCGGAGCGCACCGUUCCGGCGGACACACCUGGGGCUGACGGUCGCGCCCGGGGUGGGGGGUGGGGUGCUCCCCCGGACGCCGUCUCUACUGAGUAUGCUCAGCCGAGGGUCCGCGCGCCGGCGAGGGCUAGGGGCGCACCCCUAGCGCCCUGCGGAGGGAGAGGAGGCUGGGAGUCUUCCCUGGAGACACUAUGGAGAAGUACCAGAUUUUGGGCCAGAUGAGUCCUGGGGCCUUGGGGGUGAACGUGGUGGUGGAGGAAACAGGAAACAAAGUCAAGCACGUGAUAAAGCAGGUGGAAUGUAUUGAUGAGCAUCAGGCCAACGAGGCCCUGGAAGAGCCCUAUUCAGAGCCGGAGAUUGUGCCUGUGUUGGGCUACGUGACACAGAAGCACUCGCUGAGAAGCAGUGUUCCUGGAACAUCUCCACUUCCUCUGCUCUUGUCCCUGCAGCUGAUGCCUCUGCGGAAGCUCCGGCACCCCCACAUCUCCAUAUACCAGGAGCUCUUCAUCAUAUGGAACAGUGAGAUCUCCUCUCUGUUCCUCUGCCUGGUGAUGGAGCACAACAAGGGGAGCUUCCAGAAGGUCAUCGAGAAGAAGAGGGAGACCGGGACAAUCAUUGACUCUGAAUGGUUGCAGAACAUGCUGGGCCAGGUGUUGGACGCUUUGGAAUACCUGCACCAACUGGACAUCAUCCACAGGAAUCUCAAGCCCUCCAACAUAGCCCUUGUCAGCAGCACCCACUGCAAAUUACAGGACCUGAGCUCCCACGCACUGAUGACAGACAAAGCCAAGUGGAACAUCCGCGCAGAGGAAGACCCUUUUCAGAAGUCCUGGAUGGCCCCCGAAGCACUCAACUUCUCCUUCAGCCAGAAAUCGGACAUCUGGUCCCUGGGCUGCAUCAUUCUCGAUAUGGUCAGCUGCUCCUUCAUAAAUAGAGCAGAAGCCAUGCAUCUGCGAAAGUCCAUCCGGAGCAUGCCUGACGGCCUGAAGGGCGUCCUGCGGACCAUGGAGGAGAAGAAGAUCCCCGAUGUGGAAACUUUCCGUUCUCUUCUACCUUUGAUGCUGCAGAUCGACCCCUCGGAGCGAGUAACAAUCAGGGAUGUGAUCCACAUCACCUUCGUGAGCAGCAACUUCCAGUCCUCCAGUGCUGCUCUGACCCUGCACCAGCAGGUGGUCCCUGCCUUCAUCACUGACCUGCUGCUGGAAAGUAACGUCGCCAGCAUUUUAGAGGUCAUGCAGAACUUCUCCAGCCAACCUGAAGUCCAGCUCAGAGCCCUGAAGAGGCUCCUACGCAUGCCUGAAGACCAGCUGGGUCUGCCGUGGCCAAUGGAGCUGGUAGAGAUGUUGAUCACCAUCAUGAAGAAACACGAGAGGAUCCUUGACAUACAGCUCUACGCCUGUUCCCUCCUGCUGCACAGCCUGGGUCAAGCGCUGGCGCAGGACCCGGCAGCCGAGGUGCUGAGUGACAGCUCUGUCAUCUCUGUCCUGCUGAGCACCCUGUGGAACCACCCCGAGUCAGAGCAGCUCCUGGUCACGGUCUACAGCCUGCUCACCAUCAUCUCCAGCCAGGAAUCGGCCUCAGAGAAGCUGCAGAAUGCUGGGCUGUUUGAGCAUAUCCUGGAGCACCUGAGUGCCUUCUCCACAAACAGGGACAUCUGCAUCAAUGGCCUGAGGCUGCUCUGGGCCCUGAUGGUGGACGCUAUCACUGUGAACAAGACCCCUUUGGAGAAAGCCGCGGCCCUCAUUCCCGAGGUGCUGGCCACCUACCCUGGGGACGUGGAGAUGGCUGAAGCCGGCUGUGGGGUCUUCGGGCUGCUGUCCAUGCUAGGUUGCAUAAAGGAGCACCAGUUUGAAGAUGUGGUGGCCCUGUUCCUGCGAAGCAUCCGGCUGUGCCCGGACAGAGUCCUGCUGGUGAACAACGCCUACCGGGGGCUGGCCAGCCUCGCGAAGGUGUCCGAGCUGGCGGCCCUGCAGGUGGUAGUGCCAGAGGAGGGCGGCAGCGGCCUCGAUCUCCUCCAGGAGAUGUACCGGCUCUACAAGGACGACCCUGAGGUGGUAGAGAAUGUCUGCAUGCUGCUGGCCCACCUGGCCAACUACAUGGAGAUCCUGCCUGAGCUGGUGUCCAGUGGCAUCGGGCCCCUGGUCCAGGAGAUCAAGGAGCGCUUCACCUCCAGCCUGGAGCUGGUUUCAUACGCAGAGACGGUGUUGCUAAGGCUGGAGGCCACCACGCCACCCCGCUCCGCAGGAGAACAGUCAGCUCUGCCCUGAGGAGGCAGACACCCCAAGGCCUCCCGACCCCUCCCCACCUUCUCUCCUGCCCUUCUUUUCCUCCUAUGCCCCCAGAGCUGCCCGGUGAAUGGUGUUUUCCUUAGGCUUCGGGGGACUGUCUCCAGGGCGAGGCCCAAGGCCGGCGCCUGGCGUGGAAGCGUCCUGGGGGCAGGAUGGGCCGGUGGUGCUCUGGGAGCGCGGUUUGGCAGGUGUCCCGCAGGCUGCGGCCCUGGCCUGGUCAAUGUGCCAGUUGGACACAGUGGUCCUUUGAGGCCACUCUAGAUGAGAGAAACAGAGUGACCUUCAGAAGCUCUACCUCAAGUAAAAACCUGCAUUUAUGUUAAAUAUCCUCAGUGGGUUUGGGCCUUCCUUGUGCAGCAGCCAAGUGGCUCGGUGAAGCCCGGGGCUUUAUGCACUGAGUGCAACCGACUGCUCCCGACUAUUCUCAGAAGACCCUCACACCUGGAUCAACCCCGCGCUGUGCUCCAGCCCAACAGCCGGGGGUCAGCACGUCCGUCCUAGACAGGGAGGGGCACCCACCUCUGGGGGCGA